AUGCAGAGCAGGGGCGGCGCGCGGCGCCAGCGCAGGGCAGGGGCGGCGACACGGCGGCCGCGCAGGGCAGGAAUAGGAGGAGAGGAGAGGAUCGGGGCGGCGCUCAUAGCGAGGACGCAGGGUGAGACGACGACGUCUGUGCAGGGCGCGGCGACGGCGUCGAUCGGUGCAGGGUGCGGCGACGGCGACGGCAAGGCAGGGCCGGCGACGAGGAAUUCGCGCUGGUUUUGUUUUUUGUUCGGGUUCGUUUCCGGGUCCGCUUUUUUUUUUUGCCGGGCACGGUUUUCUGUCCGCCCGUUAUCGCCGGUCCAGCUCUGUUCGGUUUUUGUCUUGUUUGAAUUUGGGAGAGCGUGUCUUUUUCACUUUCCCCAUUCUGGACGCUCUGUUUCGAUAAGCUCGAGGGCGAUCUCGAGCGGCAUAGCACAGCAGGCGAUUCUCUCUGUCCAUGGCGAUUCUCGCCGCUCAAUUUUGAUUUCGGUUCCUUUCUUUUGUUCCUCUCUCCCGCUCUCUUCCGCUCUCUGCCCAUGUGCUUUUUGCUUGCGUCUUGGUUCCAGAUCCAGGUUUAAAUGGAAGAUGGUUCCUGUUGCAGAUUCAUGUUGUAGAACAGGUUUGUGUUCCAGGGAUUGGAUUCUCCUCCCCCAUCUUCGCUUGCUGUGGCAUUUCCUGAUGCAAUUCUGCCUCCAGUGUCUGCAAAGAAACUCCUUCAGUUUUUGUUCUUGCAAGAGGUGAAGAGAGAUGAUGGAUGAGGGAGUUGGUGUUCGACUGUUUUUGCUGACCUGUAGAUGAUCGUGUUGUUGAUCUCCCUGCUGCUUCUCCUCAGGUACAUUUCCCUCCCCGAAUUUUGUGUUUGCUCUUCCUUCUUCUCCUCCUCCCCGAUCUGCCAUGGCUGCCUCUCCCAUGGGCGGCUCCCAGAUUUGUUCUAGCCCUGUUUUGUGGAGGGGCUUGGUCUUUGCAUGCGUUGCAAACUUGCCGGCAUGUGCUAUGUGGUCCCCUGAUCGGGAGGGGGGUUCGUUUGUCCAGGACGAACCGCGUGAGAUGUUUACCCGACCCGUUUAGGUGUUCUUUUCUGUUCUUUGGUGAUUUUGCUGCUAAUACAGAUGUAUUGUGUUGAUUGGUCGGGAAAUUUGACUGUUUUCGAAUUGAAAAACAGUCAAAUGUCAAAUAGACAGUCCCAAAAUUAAAGCUAGUUAGUAAGUAUACAUGUAUUGGUUAAUCAAU